CAGAGGCAAGCGCUGCCGGGAGCGAGACGGGGCCGUUCUUCCCUCCCCAUCCUCCCCCACCCUCGGGCGAGGGGUACGCGGGAACCCACCUCCAUCCCGCCGCGGUGGCACGUUGUCCCGGUCCCUCGGGCUAAUUGGGGUGCAGCCCCCUCCCCGGUGAUGCCCGGGAGGGAAGCGGUCGUCUCCAUCACCAGGGGUGUCUGCACUGUGUUCCCCACUCUGACAGCCACAGCAGCGCCUGGAUCCUGCUCCUGGUCCAGCUGUGCUGAGAGAAGGCUGACUUUUACGACCCACGGCGGGACUAGCAUGGGAGAAGCCUUCCCUGGGCAUGGGCAGUGCUAAGGAGCCCGAGGGGCUGCAGGUGCUGAGUCGCCAGGCCGGGACCGAGGACACCUGCGACCCCAGUGCCGCCUCCCCUGGCUGCUCACCGGCAGGUGAGUGCCUGCCCGGCUCCGGUUGUGCCACGGGAGCCCGUGCCAUGAGGACCUGCUGCGUGGCUGAGUCAGAGGCCCAGGCCACCACGUCGGGCUCAGCAGCAGAGAAGAAGGUACCAUCACCAACAGGACCAGCUCCUGGCAUGCUCCUCCGGGACACUGGCACAGAGCAGAGUGUGGCAGUAACAGCAGCAAGCUGUGGGGGACCAAGUGGCACUGCCCCUGCCUGUGGUCCCACAGGGAUGGGGGUCCCCAAUGCCCAGAAGGAGAACACAGCCCCUGCUUCCCCCCUGCCUGAUCCCUGCCUCAAGGCGACCAACAAGGACAUGGGAAGUGCGCCAGCUCCAGCCAAACGUGUGGCAUUUGUGGAGCCCACUGCAGGCACCGGGACAGCUGAGCUGCCAAGCCAGGAGCAGCCUCAGGGUGGCACAGGGAUAUCCCUGGGUGCUGCACCCCAGCUGAACAGAAGUGAGGCUCCCAAGCAUCCCCAGGGAGGCACAGCAGACCCCCACAGCACCAGCACUGUGGGGAACGGGGGCCAAAGCAAGACAGAACCGAGCUCCACCACCCUGGGCCAGGGCAAAGCCGAACAGAGCUCAUCCCAGAGUGCAGGUGCUGGAAGCAGCCAGCAGCCCCAAACAGCCAAGCAGCUCUGCGAGUCCUACUCCUUUGAGGUGACCCCACCGCAGGACGCCGGGACACAGGACAUGGGGACACAAGUGGACAGCCGCGUGUCCCUGGUGUCAGUGGCCUUGAGCCCCAUGAGUCCCCCAGGCGGGGCUGCUGCCUUCACCUUCCCCAAGAGAGAGAUGGGCUCUGCAGCCCCACGCCUGGAGCCCUCCAAGAAGGACGCAGAGAUGCAGGUGUCCAUGCCUGUGGAGACCCGCUCAGUGGCCACUGGGCCAAUGACGCCACUGGCCAAGUCCCCACAGACUUCAUAUCCUGAGGUGCAGGUGAAGGGGACGGUGGCAGAGGUGGUGGAGGAGGCUCCGGAACCCAUCCGGGAGGUGAGCUGGGAUGAGAAGGGGAUGACAUGGGAGGUGUACGGGGCCUCCAUGGAGGUGGAGGUGCUGGGCAUGGCCAUCCAGAAGCACCUGGAGAAGCAGAUCGAGGAGCACGGGCGGCAGGUGGUGGUGACCCCACAGAACACCCGCACCGGCUCUGUCAAGGGAGGCCCCCGCAAAGGUGAGGCCAAGAGGCAGCCCAGUGUCUUUCGGGCUCUGCUGCAAAACGUCCGGCGGCCCCGGUGCUGCUCCCGCACUGGCCCCGCCAUGGAGUGAGUCGCUGCCCAUGCUGGCAGGGUGGGGGUGCCACGGGGCUUCUCUGGGCGAGUGAAAAUGGGUCCCUGCCCCAGUGUCCUGAGACACCUGGUGCCAGUGUGUGGGGCUCCUGGGGCUGAGGCAGGUGGUGAUGGAGCACUGCAUGCUGGGGCAAGGUAUCUCCUUUGCUGGGGUCCCUCCUGCCAGCCUGGGGUCCACUCCCCAUGAGUGUAGCCCUGUGGAGGUGCCCCAGAACGUGAGGCUGGUGCCCUGUCUCUGUGUUUGGUGGCUUUUUUCAGCAUGAGGAAGCACGUGGCUCCUUCGAGAUGGAGGCAGCUGCUCCCGUGCAUCUCCUGCCUGUGGCACAGGUCUAGAGAUGACUCAAGGUGGGUGCUGCUGACUCCCAUGAGCUCUGGCACCUCAGGCAGCAGCAUUACUUCCCAUGCUGGAGAGACACUGGUGCAUCACCCUGCCAUUGCUUUGCCUGCCCAGGGCUUGGCCACGCUCUGACCAGCCCUGGCCAUGCAUGUGUGGGUCCCCAUGGCUGCCCAGGGCAGGCACCAGCCCCUCAACAGCUCUGUCCUCUCUGCCCCACUGCUGUGUCAUGGGUGCCCUGGAGCUGUGACAGAUCUCAAAUGAGAGAGACUGAGGCCAGCCAUGCCUGUGAUGGAGAGCUGCUCAUCCCUGUCGCCGUGGCUGGAGGCAGCUGGGGAGUUUGUCCCAGUUACUCGGCCUGCCUGGAAGUGACCAUUGGAGCCCAGGGCACAUCCUCACCACAGCUGGUGGUGAAGAUGAAGCUGCCCUGCUGCCAGGCCUGUCCAGCUGCCCUCGUGGUGCCAGAGAUGCCCCACGUGCUGGGGACAUGGGCACAUGUCCCUGUGUGGGUUCCUUCAGCCCCACUGGCCGCUCUUCUCUGACAGCAGCUGAGGAUGCAAUGACUGCAAAGCGCUGCCACUUUUUACGGCUGGGGUUUUACAGGCUGGGGGGAGGGGGGCUUUUAUUGAACUGUGUUUGCAUUUUUGGAGCUUUUUAAGAGACACUUUCAGCCGUGUGUGUCCUGCCUGAAGCCACCUCUUUCCCAGUGGCCUGCGGGGCCGAGACCCUCUUUUCAAACACUGUUCCUACUUUGCUUGUGCUCUGCUGGGCUGAAGAGCGUUUGGAGUGAAGAGUCAGCCUGCAGGGGUGAGCAUUCCUGUGGCUGGGUCAACAUCCCUGUGGCUGGCAGCACCGCAGUGUCCUGCUGAGACACAGAUCCUGGUCCCCCCAGCCUGGCCGCAUACCGAGGACCAGCUCCACAGUGCUGCAGCACCUGAUGGGCAGGAGGCUGCUUGGGGGUGCUUGGGAAGCUGCACCAUCCCCUCUGAGCAGAGGUGCAAGAGGGCUCGAGGUGCCAGGGUCACCAGUGCAGCCUUUUCCCCUCAUUAAGGGUCCAGUCUUGCCCCUCCAAACCCAUGUUGUACAUCCUGGACUUGGUUUUGUUCCUGGGGGGCUGCAAAAGGCUUGCUGAAGUGCCAGCUGGCAGCCAGGGCCAUGGCAAGUGCCCACUCCAUGCCAUGAUACUCACCAGGACCUGGCUCUGCUCAGUGCCUUGAGCUUUGGGAGUGGUGCCAUGGCCAUGCCAGGAAGACCAGGAGCCCUGGGGUAUCCCACCCUACCCCAGUCUGUGCCCACCUCCAGCCCUGCACUGCCAAGCUGUGGCACACCAGCGCUACAGCUUCAUCACCUAUUUUCUUCUUUUUUUCCUCUUCGUUUCUUUUGGGGGAGGUGGGGGGGAGGAAGGGGCGGGAGGACCAAUCUGUCGAUAUGGAUGUUGGGUAAUAAAACCUUACACAAAUCUCUGCA